GCUGCCUUGGCGGCAUGGGUGACACUCCUCCGGAUCAUGGGCGACAUGCCAGACGCAGACACAGGAGACACUCUGGUCCUGGCCGGGGAGUCGAUGCCAAUGGUCACAAAAAUCAAACUGGGGUUCACGAACAAAUACACUAAAAAGGACAUUGAGGAUGCCCACAGGCGUUAUAGUGAAUUGUUUAAAGAUCCUGUGAGCUCAGACAGUCGAUCCAUCCCUUUCCUGACUGGUCCAGAAGAGUCAAUGUUAGACAAAGUGCAGCUGAUUUGUGCUAUGGGGAUAUACAAGCCCAGUCUGAGGGAUGAGCUCUACUGUCAGCUGUGCAAACAGCUUUCCAACAACCCGUCAAGGAACAGCACGGUGCGGGGAUGGGUCCUCAUGAUCUUGUUCACCGGCAGCUUUUCACCCACAGAAAAGUUUGCUCCUGUGCUCAGCAACUUUAUAUGCGAUGGGCCAGUGGAGUUUACAGAGAAAGCAGACAGGACACUGCGGAGGACGUGCAGUGUUGGCACCAGGGGAUACCCUCCCAGCUGGUUGGAGUUUCAAUCUGCAAAGAACGGUAAACCUCUUCUGGUUCCCAUCACACUGAUGAAUGGCAACCGGCUGCUGUGCGAGGUUGAUUCUGCCACAACAGUUGUUGAACUCAUCCGAAACAUCAGCGAGCGGCUCGGUCUUGCCGACACCAUUGGCUACUCAUUGUAUGUGUCUCUACAAUCAAAAAUCUCCUGCCUUGGAAAUGGUCAGCAUCGAGUCUUGGAUGCAAUCUCUGAGUGUGAACAGCAUACCAAAUUGAUGGGUAUACGAGAAAGCAAUGCCCUCUGGCGGCUGUUCUUUCGCAGAGAACUGUUCACCCCAUGGUAUGUCCCAGGAUGGGAUCCUGUGUGCACGGACCUCAUGUAUCACCAGGUGAAACGGGGUCUCACCCUCGGAGAGUACAGAUUGGAAAAGGAGGAAGCGCUUGUGGAGCUCCUCACAAAAUUCUACUACGUGGAAAAUCCUCAAGACCCAGACUUUUCGAAGCUUUCUUCCUUCAUCACAGACUUUGUCCCUCAGAAUGAACUCGAGAAGAAGCCAGAUAACUACUAUGAUGAAAAGGCAAAAGCCAUGUUCAAAACUCUGAAAUUGGGAGUGGGUCGUUCCAUGGAAGCGCAAGUAAAAGCAACGAUUGUGAAAUACGCAAUGGAAAGAUUCUACAUCCUGUUCUCACGGUACUACGACAUCAGCAAGUUUUCUGGUGGUAGUCUGCAGCUACAGGAUGUUGUGCUGGCCUUGAACAACAAAGGGCUUUUUAUCAUAGACCAGCAGGAUUCACUGAAGAUGCAGAUUCCCUUUGCGGAGAUAGUGAACACGAGUAAAGCUAGACAUUCUCUCACUCUUGUUUUGGCAAGCAUGGAUGAGUAUACUUUGAGCUCACCUAGUGCUGAGGUGCUGUAUCUUCAAAUCACAACAUUCCUUGAGGAGCUGAAGAAGAAGUCAAUGUGUGCUGUGGCUGUUCAGGCCCUCACCCCCUUAGAUGGUCCGGAUGGAAUGAACAUUGUAAAAGGAGAUGUGUUGCAGCUCCGCCAGAGUGUGGGAGAUCUGAAAGGCUCUGAGAUGGUCAGUGUGACGAGUCAGCGCACCGGGAAGGCCAGUGAGGUGCCCAGAAAUGUUCUGUACAUUGUGCCCGUUGCUGGGGAUCUGAAAGCUGAGAUACUGGCAACACUGACCUCUCAGAUACGCAAAGACGCCAGCCGGUUUGUGAAGGAUGAUAGACAGCCCCGGCAAACGCUGCAGCAGUAUGCAAAGUCAUAUUUUAGACCUACCACUGAGAGUACUGUCACCAAACUCCUUAGCAAAGCAUCCUUCAAGAGAGACAAGAACGAUGCACUGUGGAGUUACAGCAAAGACGGCCUCAAAAAGCCUUUGCUGAAGCGUACCUGCCACCGAGACGAUACUCGCAAACUGGCUUGCCAUGCUUUUGCUUGCCUUCAGUCUUAUAUGAUGAACCUGGUCAUCAAUGAUGAAAUGGCAAACUACAACCUGUGUAAAGACUGGAUUCUGGAGCCUGCAAGAAGAAAUAAAUACAUGAGGGAUGAAAUCUACUGCCAAGUCAUCAAGCAAGUAACAAACAAUCCAGACAAAAACAAUGAAGACCGCGGCUGGGUGCUGUUGACACUAUUGACGUCAUUGUGCCAGCCAAGCAACGAACUGAUUGACCACUUACUGACCAUCAUCCGCUCCGCCCAACACCCCCUAGCCCAUCGUUGUGAGGUCAACUUGAAGUUAAACAGAAAGAAAGGCGCAUGUCGUCUGUACCCUUCCCAUGUACAAGAGCAUGAGAUGGUCCUCCACCAGCAGCCGAACGUACGGGUACAAGUGUGCUUGCCAAAUCAGAGUGUUCAGACCAUUGAGGUGACGAGUGGUACAAGAAUAUUUGACAUCAAAAAGGAAAUUGCAGCAAGGUUGAAGCUGAGGACAUUCUCAGAGUACAGUCUGUUUUUCACUGCCAAUGACAAAGUCCAUUGCCUGUCGGACAGACUGUACUAUUUUGACUGCCUUACCCACUCUGAGAUUUUCUGGUUUAACAGCAAGAGAAGAAACAGUUUAUCCCCUGGAAAGACUGGACAAACCCCAUUGCUCGUCAUGUUGAAAAAAAUUUGGGUCAAUGGGCAACCUGGCGUGGAUCCUAUGGCUGACCAGACAUUUCACUUUCCUCAAGAAUCUCCAAACUACCUACGGGGGUAUCACAAAGUGUCAGAUAGUGUUGUUCCAAAGCUAGCUGCUCUUUCAUACAGAGCUCAGCAUGGGAAAGAUGAAAGCAAGCUUACAGAUCUCAGUAAAAUUGAACAGAUCAUCCUGCCAAAAGGAUUCCUUGAAGGGAAAGAUGCCAAAGCUAUUCAAGAAGAAAUUCAGCAAGAGUACAGCAGUCAGAACAUGAACUCAGAACAAGCCAAGACAGCUUUCUUACAGAUCCUGAGCAAGAUUUCAACAUAUGGCUCUGUAUUCUUUGAAGUCAAACAACGGCAUAUGACGACCCUGCCCAAGUCCUGCCUGGUUGCCAUCAACUAUUCUGGUGUUCACCUUAUCAAUGGGACAACAAAGGAUGUUAUCAAGAGCUAUGAGUUCCAGUCUAUACCAAACUGGGCGUAUGAUGAGAGCUCCUUCACAUUCAUUGUGACAGAGGGCAUUGCUACAGCAAAGUUGCUCGUGGAAACUCAUGUGGGUCACAACAUUGACGAUUUACUGAUGUCCUAUGUUGCCUGGCUCAUGAAUUAUCAGAUGAGGAAGAAACACGGAUACCUUGGAGAAAUGUCAGGAGAGAGUAUUUGCUGAAUAUACUCACAGAGUUGUGAGCCCUAACUGGUCAAAAGCUCCAACUGGUUGCAACAUAGGCGUGGAGAUAGAAAUCCAUGUUAUUCUCAGACUGAUUGCGACUCUAGAAUGAGAAAGGUCCAGUCAAGUCCCUCUCAUCAAGCUCCUGAUUGACUAUGGAAGACUUCGAUGUCUGUAAGAUGGUUACUGAAGAAUUGACUUCAAAAUGAAGUUGGAAUGAGCUUGAUGUGCUACUGGGUAUAUAUCACAUAGCUAUGAAUUCGUUCUUUAGCGAGAGUAUUUGGGAAUUUUCCAUUUUACCUUAUCGACCACAUUCUACUUUGUAUGGAAUGGAAUGCACUAUACAGGAAUAUUGGUCUGGUAUAUUAUGCAAAUUUGCCCAUAUGACUAUUUGUACUCACCAGAUACUCAUAUAUUAUAUCUAUAAAUGCUGCUACUACCAGUAGCUAAAUACUUUUUCAGAAAAAAGGACUAUUCAUGUCUCAUGUUUCAUUCAAAUUGCUGCUUUUUUUUUUAAAACAAAGAUGAGAACAAAAUCAAAAAUAUAACCCUUGUGUGUGAAAUGUUCAGAAAGAAUUAAAAAAGAAAUUUUAAUCAAUCUUAUUUUGGAUGCAGAAAAUACAGUUGCUUUGAAAUUUGUUGUCCUAAAGAAUAUAAUAUGUACACAUAUUGAUGCUUAAUAAGUUGAUUCCUGUCCAGUGACAAAGGGAGUGGCGGGUUGGAUAUGUUGUUAUAGCUUCACAUAAGCCCAAAGUUUGCUAAGUACCUUUAAUUGUUCAGACAUACGGUUGGAUCUUUACCCAAAUAGCCUUGCAGAUAACAUAAAAUUUGUAAUAGUAAUCGCCUUCCACAAAACAAUUCAAAAGUGUUGUAUAACUGUUUCUAGCUUGCCCUAACAGUAACAGUUUACAACAGUACUGGUAAUGGACAUUACAACUGGUCAUGGGUGACCAAAGUUCUUUGUAUGGAAUUUUUAGGAGUUGAUAAAAUGUGCACAUACAGUGCAAUAGUUCUUAUGUUAAAGUUUAAAAA